GCGAGCUCUCGGUUCCCCGGCCGCCCCCCGCUCGGGCUCGCCUCCCCCCUCCCUCGCACGUCCCCAGCACGGGCUCUCUGCGCUUCCAAGCUCUCGGAAUCGCGACCCCUCCCUGCCAUGUAUCCGCAAGGCAGACAUCCGGCACCCCAUCAACCCGGGCAGCCGGGAUUUAAAUUCACGGUGGCCGAGUCCUGUGACAGGAUCAAAGACGAAUUCCAGUUCCUGCAAGCUCAGUAUCACAGCCUCAAAGUGGAGUACGACAAGCUGGCAAACGAGAAGACGGAGAUGCAGCGCCAUUAUGUGAUGUACUAUGAAAUGUCCUAUGGCUUGAAUAUUGAAAUGCACAAACAGACAGAGAUUGCCAAGAGAUUGAACACGAUUCUAGCCCAGAUCAUGCCUUUCCUGUCACAAGAGCAUCAGCAGCAAGUGGCGCAGGCAGUGGACCGCGCCAAGCAGGUCACCAUGACGGAGCUGAACGCCAUCAUCGGGGUACGUGGACUCCCCAAUCUGCCUCUCACCCAGCAGCAACUCCAGGCACAGCACCUCUCCCAUGCCACCCAUGGUCCCCCGGUCCAGCUGCCACCCCACCCGUCAGGCCUCCAACCUCCUGGGAUCCCCCCAGUGACAGGAAGCAGCUCCGGGCUGCUGGCACUCGGUGCCCUGGGCAGCCAAGCCCACUUGGCGGUGAAGGAUGAGAAGACCCACCAUGAACUGGAUCACAGAGAGAGAGAGUCCAGUGCGAACAAUUCUGUGUCACCAUCAGAAAGCCUUCGGGCCAGUGAAAAGCACCGGGGCUCUGCAGACUACAGCAUGGAAGCCAAGAAGCGGAAAGCAGAGGAGAAAGAUAGCCUAAGCCGAUACGACAGUGAUGGGGACAAGAGUGAUGACCUGGUGGUGGACGUUUCCAAUGAGGACCCAGCGACACCCCGGGUGAGCCCAGCACACUCCCCUCCUGAAAACGGGCUGGACAAAGCCCGUGGCCUGAAGAAAGACGCCCCCACCAGCCCAGCUUCUGUGGCUUCCUCUAGCAGCACACCUUCCUCCAAGACCAAAGACCUUGGUCAUAAUGACAAAUCUUCCACACCUGGGCUCAAAUCCAACACUCCAACACCAAGGAAUGAUGCCCCAACUCCAGGCACCAGCACGACCCCGGGGCUCAGGUCAAUGCCGGGCAAACCUCCAGGCAUGGACCCGAUAGGUAUAAUGGCCUCGGCCCUGCGCACACCCAUCUCCCUCACCAGCUCCUAUGCAGCACCCUUUGCCAUGAUGAGCCACCACGAGAUGAAUGGCUCCCUCACCAGCCCAAGCGCCUACGCCGGCCUGCACAACAUCCCGCCCCAAAUGAGUGCCGCCGCCGCCGCUGCCGCUGCCGCCUAUGGCCGGUCGCCAAUGGUGAGCUUUGGAGCUGUUGGCUUUGACCCUCACCCCCCUAUGCGGGCCACAGGCCUGCCCUCAAGCCUCGCUUCCAUUCCUGGAGGGAAACCGGCAUAUUCCUUCCACGUGAGCGCUGAUGGGCAGAUGCAGCCUGUGCCCUUCCCCCACGAUGCGCUAGCAGGCCCCGGCAUUCCCAGACACGCCCGGCAGAUCAACACGCUCAGCCAUGGGGAGGUGGUAUGCGCUGUGACCAUCAGCAACCCUACACGGCACGUCUACACAGGCGGCAAGGGCUGCGUGAAGAUAUGGGACAUCAGCCAGCCGGGCAGCAAGAGUCCCAUCUCCCAGCUGGACUGCCUGAACAGGGACAACUACAUCCGCUCCUGCAAGCUUCUCCCCGAUGGACGCACGCUUAUCGUGGGUGGUGAGGCCAGCACGCUCACCAUCUGGGACCUGGCCUCGCCCACACCCCGCAUCAAGGCUGAGCUGACAUCCUCAGCUCCGGCCUGUUAUGCCCUGGCCAUUAGUCCUGAUGCCAAAGUCUGUUUCUCCUGCUGCAGCGACGGCAACAUUGCAGUUUGGGACCUGCACAACCAGACCCUGGUCAGGCAGUUCCAGGGCCACACAGAUGGGGCCAGCUGCAUAGACAUCUCUCAUGAUGGCACUAAGCUGUGGACUGGGGGCCUGGACAACACUGUGCGUUCCUGGGACCUGCGUGAGGGACGGCAGCUACAGCAGCAUGAUUUCACCUCCCAGAUCUUUUCUCUGGGCUACUGCCCCACUGGGGAGUGGCUGGCUGUGGGCAUGGAAAGCAGCAACGUGGAAGUCCUGCACCACACCAAGCCCGACAAAUACCAGCUGCACCUGCAUGAGAGCUGUGUGCUGUCCCUCAAGUUUGCCUACUGUGGCAAGUGGUUUGUGAGCACUGGGAAAGACAACCUUCUCAAUGCCUGGAGGACGCCCUAUGGAGCCAGCAUCUUCCAGUCUAAAGAAUCCUCAUCUGUCUUGAGCUGUGACAUUUCGGCGGAUGACAAAUAUAUUGUAACAGGCUCCGGUGACAAGAAGGCCACAGUUUACGAGGUCAUCUAUUGAACAAGGACUCUAACAGGCCUGUCAAACUCUGGGAGACACCCACGCGGCCCUGACAGGGAGAUGCUGGCCAGGCCCCGAGGAUGGCAGAGGAGUGAGGGAGCAGUACUGUGGGGCUGUGCUCCACCCAGAGGCGGAGAGGACGCACGCCCCCUUCAUGGAUUGAUGUGUCGUCUGACAGACUUGAAGGACUUUCUCCUCUCCCCCUAACCAGUGCUGACAGAUGCUUCAAUUAGAUUUCUCUGGAGGCUUCUGCUUCCUGUUCCCCCCCA